AUGGUCAAGUUGUUUCUGGAGUCCGAGUUGGUGAGCACAUAUGAGCAACUUAAAAAUGGCGAAUUUAAGCGCGCGUCGAAAAGUGCCGAUGUACAUGCAAAGUUGACGCACAGGAAGAAGAAGAGCGACGAAAGCAUGCACGAAUACAUGCUAACAAUGAAAAAAAUGACAGCGCUUGGACAAAUCGAUGUUGAGUCUAUUAUCGCUUAUAUAGUUGACGGGCUGGAUAUUACAAGCGAGUUCAAAUUUGCAUUGUACGGCAGCAAAUCAUACAACGAACUGUUGGGAAAAUAUGAGUUGUACGAGAGCAAGUGUGUUAUCGAAAAACCGCAAAAGCAAUACAGUGGUGGCAGAAAAAAUAUAACCGAUGGAAAAAGUAUUCGUUGCUACAACUGCGGCUCUAAUGAACAGAUGAGAAAAGACUGCAAGGCAGAGAAAAAAUGUUUUAAAUGUGCAGGCAGCGGUUAUAUAUCUUUAAAUUGUCCACAAGCUGUAAAAAGUGUUCAAGUCGUAAAAGAUACUAAGCGCUUGAAAGUAGUUUUGCUGAACGCUACAGAGGUCGCCUGCCUUGUGGACACAGGAUCCGAUGUGUCAAUCGUAUGUCAGUCUUUGUACAAUAAACUUCAAAGUACUGUGAUGCAGAAGUGUUAUUCCGUUCUACGAGGCCUUGGAAGCGCUAAAACGCAGCGGCUAGUUUCAUUUAUGGGCAGAGUACACGUUGACGGGAUCGAAGCCAUACAAAAUUUUGUUGUGAUACCAUACAAUCACAUCGAGAACGACGUAAUACUUGGCUUUGACUUUGCAUCGCAGUUCUGCGUGACUUUGAAUGACGGAGAAUUCAUCUUUACAAAGGCGCCAGCGCGGCCGGAAAGAGCUAAAGUAGAGCCAAGUAUGUACAAUAUUGUUGAGACUGGUAAUAACAUAGAUGCUUCUCCACAGUACCAGCCGAUGAUCGAGUCAAUGAUAGCAGAGUACAAGCCAGCCGAAAACAACACAGAAUGCCCGGUGUCGAUGAAGAUCGUGCUAGAGGAGCGUACAAAACCAUUUCGUCAUCAACCAAGCCGUCACUCAGCUGUGGAAUCCGAGUCAAUCAGAAAACAAGUUGACGUCUGUUUGCAGGAUGGUAUAGAGCGCAAAUCUUCAUCGAACUUUGCCAGUCUAGUCGUCGUGGUCAAGAAGAAGGAUGGCACAGACAGAAUCUGCGUUGACUUUCGUCAAUUAAAUAGUAUGGUACUUAAGGACUGCUUCCCAGUGCCACGCAUGGAUGAUGUGCUGGAACAGCUUCAGCCCGCAAAUGUAUUUGUAGUUAUGGAUCUGGAGAAUAGCUUCCUCCACGUACCAAUUGAGGAGUCCAGCCGCAAGUUUACAGCGUUCAUAACCAAGGAAAUGCUUUUUGAAUUCAAUCGAGCACUGUAUUGCUUUUGCAACUUAAUCGUUUUGUCAGUUGCGUAUUUGAAGACUUGA